CCGAAAACGAAACGACUGCGUUUCACGCUGAUCGAAAGAAAACAGAGAAAGUCGCCAUUAUAUUAUAGUAAUAAUAGAUACGACGUUUGUCUCUGUGUCUCUCUGUUUCCAGUAAUUAAUCAACCACCAGAAAAAACAUAAAAAAGACGCACUGUUAUCGAACCAAAGCACUCAUCGUGAUGAUGAUGUUCGUGUCGAUGUGGAUGGGUUUGGUUUCGUGAGAUUAGAAGAAAUUGAAUGAUCCUCUGUUUUUAACAAGAAAAAAGCAGUAACCUUUGGAGUCUCUCUCUUGAAACUCAAAACAAACAAAAUGGAGUGUUCGGUGUUCCAUCAUGUGGUGAUCGUGUUGAUGUUACUUUGGCUUCUCUCUUACUUGAACCGAUCACACGCCCUUUUCUAUUUCCUCUCUCUCGUUUAUCUCUACCUCGUUCAUGAACGGUAUGUGAUGAGAUUGAGGAAGAAGUUUCAGUUCGAAGAGAGGAAGCAAGCUAACCAGAAACGUGUUCUAUCUGAUUCUGAAUCGGUGCGGUGGUUGAAUCACGCUGUGGAGAAGAUAUGGCCUAUUUGUAUGGAACAGAUUGCCUCUCAGAAGAUCCUGCGUCCCAUCAUACCUUGGUUCUUGGACAAGUAUAGACCUUGGACCGCGAAAGAAGCUUUGAUACAACAUCUUUAUUUGGGAAGAAACCCGCCUUUGUUGACUGAUAUAAGGGUCCUUCGCCAAUCUACCGGUGAUGAUCACUUGGUGCUGGAACUUGGAAUGAACUUCCUUACUGCUGAUGAUAUGAGCGCAAUAUUGGCUGUGAAGUUGAGGAAAAGACUUGGGUUUGGGAUGUGGACAAAGUUACAUCUGACAGGAAUGCAUGUUGAAGGCAAGGUGUUGAUUGGUGUGAAGUUCCUUCGUCGAUGGCCGUUCCUGGGGCGUUUACGCGUCUGUUUUGCUGAGCCGCCUUAUUUCCAGAUGAAUGUGAAACCAAUCUUCACUCAUGGAGUUGAUGUUGCUGUGGUUCCAGGGAUUGCAGGAUGGCUAGACAAACUCUUGUCUAUUGCAUUUGAGCAGACUCUUGUUGAGCCAAAUAUGCUUGUAGUUGAUAUGGAGAAAUUCGUUAGCCCACAAUCAGGAGAGAAUUGGUUCUUUGUUGAUGAGAAAGAACCAGUUGCACACGCUCUUGUCGAAGUCGUUGAAGCAUCUGAUGUUAAACCAUCAGAUCUAAAUGGUUUAUCUGAUCCUUAUGUGAAAGGGCAGCUCGGCGCAUACAGAUUCAAAACCAAGAUACUAAAGAAAACGCUCUCUCCCAAAUGGCAGGAAGAGUUCAAGAUCCCAAUCUUGACAUGGGACUCUCCCAACAUACUCAACAUCGAAGUACAAGACAAAGACCGGUUCAGCGACGACAGCCUAGGCGACUGUUCGGUGAACAUUGCAGAGUUCAGAGGCGGGCAGAGAAACGAUAUGUGGUUGCCUCUUCAGAACAUCAAGAUGGGGAGGCUUCACCUCGCUAUUACAGUAACGGAGGAGGACGAAGGGAAGGUAGAUGAUGACCCGUUUGAAGGAGCAACGAUAAGUAAAGAAGACAUGUGGGCUUCUUUUGCUUCUGACGAUGCAAACAGAGGCUCCUUCUCUUCGGUGGUGUCUGAUAAGUCUCCGAGGGUUAGGGAUAAUCUUGAACCGAUCAACAUUGAAGGACAAGAAGAGACUGGGAUAUGGGUGCAUCAGCCAGGGACUGAAGUCUCGCAGAUAUGGGAGCCAAGGAAAGGCAAGAGUCGAUGCGUUGAUAACAACAUACGUGGAGUUACUCAUGAGGCUUCUACUGGUAGUAACGAGAGCAGCAGCCCUGAUGAGAACCAGGAAGGGAAGAAGACAGUGAAGUCUGUUGGAGGACUGAAGAAAGUUGGUUUAGUGUUUCAUAAGAAGAAGGAAGAGUCAGGGAGCUUGGAGAAGGAUGUUAGGUCUCCUAGGAUCAACUUGAAGGCGUUAAACCGGAAGGAUGCUGGGGGUAAGUACAUAGUUGAAGACCGUUUGUCAGGGCCUUUGUCAGGGCCUUUGAUAGGUAGAAGUCCAAAGGGUGAGAGCUUUGGCUCUGAAGACGCUCAGAACAAGGGACACAUGAAGGAUGUUGCAAAGAGCAUUCUGAAACACGCGGAGAAGCAUUUAAAGAAUGCGUUUUCGCGUAAAGGGUCGAGAAAGUCGAGAGAUGAUGAGUGCUCAACGGUUCCUGAGUCUGAGUCUGUGUUGGGUUCAGAAUGUAAAUGUGAAUAUUCUGAUGAUGAUACUGCUGCGGUUAGCAGUGUGCAGGGGACACCGAGAAAAGCAAAACCUGAAGGUAAAGCUGUCAAGGCAGGAGAAGAUGGUCAUGUGAAUACAUCAGCAAAUAUUGAUGCUUCUGCUGGAGCUGAGAAAGUCUCCACGCCAAGAAAAGUCCAAGGAUAGAAAAGAAACAUUUAGGUUAAUAAAAGGCUUGUUAAUUUGAGUAGUUUUAAAUUUUACACCAAAGGAAUAUUGUACAGCUUUUGAGUUUUUUUGAGUCUAUGUGUUUAGUUUACAGCU